CUGCGCUGAAGACAACUGUCUUUCCAGACUGCCCUGCCCUGAGCUCCAGACAUCAUGAAUUUUCUUUCUACAAAGGUUCCCUGGGCCGCCGUGACGCUGCUGUGGCUACUACUGCUGCCGCCAGCGCUACUGACGCUUGGGGUGGACGCACAGCCUCUGCCCGACUGCUGUCGCCAGAAGACCUGCUCUUGCCGCCUCUACGAACUGUUGCACGGCGCUGGCAACCACGCCGCGGGCAUCCUGACUCUGGGAAAGCGGCGUCCUGGACCCCCAGGCCUCCAGGGCCGGCUGCAGCGCCUUCUGCAAGCCAACGGCAACCACGCUGCCGGCAUCCUGACCAUGGGCCGGCGCGCAGGCGCAGACCUAGAGCCACAUCCCUGCCCUGGUCGCCGCUGUCUGACCGCUACCGCCACCGCUUUAGCACCCCGGGGCGGGUCAAUCUGA